UGUGACGUCAUCCCCACCGUGUCAGCUGUCUCCUCCAUCCGAACGGUAGCGAGAACCUCUCCCAUUGGGAGACAUCACGAUCACCUCCCGACCCCGAAAAAAAUGGCACCAAUGUCUUCACAUUGACGUAGGUCGUCGUUAUUGCUCUUAUUUAUUAUUGUAUUUAUUAAUUUAUGUAUUUAUUUCCCGAGCCAGCAAUGGCUGUGCUCGGUGGCUGCGGCUGCUGAGAGGCAGGUGCGGCAUUAUCGACGAAGGCAUCUCUCGCUUAUCACUCGCCAUGGCGCCGGUGAUACCACAUCCAUUGGAGAAACAGCAGCACGGUUCCACCGUCGCUCAAUUCGGUACAUUGUGUUAUUCGGAGGGAGUCAACUAGCUGGGCCGUGACACGACGUGCUGGUGGCGGGGGAGGAGGAGUGGCCCUCUGUAUAUUUUUCGUGCCCUUCCCCGAGUUGACUGUUAUGCGGAUUUACACGUUUCUUCUGCGUUGACUUGAUCCAAAAACAUCUCGACAGUCGACAAGGUCUUUGAAAGUCCUCAUCUGGCUCACCGGAGCCAGCUGCAGCAGCCACGAUGAUGGAGCUACAGAUAGACGAGGUGGUCUACCAGGAUGACUAUGGCUCCUGCACCGUCAUGUCGGAGCGAGUGUCGGGCCUGGCCAACAGCAUCUACCGGGAGUUUGAGAGGCUGAUCCGCAGCUACGACGAGGAGGUAGUAAAGGAGCUGAUGCCGCUGGUGGUGAACGUCUUGGAGAACCUGGACGCCGUGCUGUUGGAGAACCAGGAACACGAGGUGGAGCUGGAGCUCCUGAAGGAGGACAACGAGCAGCUGAUCACACAGUACGAGAGGGAGAAGGCGCUGCGCAAGCAGGCCGAGGAAAAAUUCAUUGAGUUUGAGGAUGAGCUAGAAGAAGAUAAGAAGGAACUCCAGGUGCAAGUUGAGUUUUUAGAGCUGCAGGGGAAACAACUGGAGCUGAAGUCCAAGAACUAUGCUGACCAAAUCACACGGUUGGAGGAAAGAGAGUCUGACAUGAAGAAAGAAUACAACGCUCUGCACCAACGCCACACUGAGAUGAUCCAGACGUAUGUGGAGCAUAUCGAGCGUUCCAAAUUACAGCAGACUGGAAGCGGCCAAUCAGACGGCAGUGGACGAACUCACCGUCACACAUGGAGGAAAAGCAAAGCAGAGCGGCCGCCAUCGUUGAGCCUGUACCCCAGCGGCGAGGGCAUGGUACGUGGGGGUCUCGGGGGGGCUAGGAUGAUGCCCGGGAAAGACAUCUGGCAGGUCAGCGAGCUCGGCCAGUCCACCCUCAGUUCGGCCUAUCAGGAGGACGGAUCGGAGUCUGACUCUGUGGCGGCCACCCCCAGCAGCACUGGAAGCAAGUCCAACACGCCCACCUCCUCCGUCCCUUCCGCCACUGUCACCCCCAUCAACGAAGGCUUCCUUCCCGCCUCCGAGUUUGAGACGAUGCGGGCCGGCAACCGGGGCAGAAAAAACGCUAAGCGGCUCAGCCGGAAUAUGGAAGUCCAGGUUUCCCAGGAAACCAGGAACGUGAGCAUCGGUAUGGGAAGCAGUGAUGAAUGGUCAGAGUUUCAGGAGAUCAUCGAUUCUACUCCCGAGUUGGACAUGUGUGUGGAUCCUCGAGUGUAUGGAGGAAACAGCCCCUCGCAGGGAAUAGUCAACGAAGCCUUUGGAAUCAACACGGAUUCUUUGUACCACGAAAUCAAAGACGCCAAGUCGGACAUCAUCGGAGACGUCGAUGCCGGGGCAGAGCUUCUUGGCGAGUUCUCAGUCCGAGAUGAUUUCUUUGGGAUGGGCAAGGAGGUGGAGAACCUGCUGACGGAGAACAAACAGCUUCUAGAGACCAAAAAUGCUCUCAACAUCGUUAAAGACGAUCUUAUCGCCAAAGUGGAUGAGCUGUCCAGCGAGCACGAGGUGCUUCGGGAGGAACUGGAGGCCCUGCGGCAGUCCAAAAACAAAAUGGACGCCAGAGUCAAGGAGCUGGAGGAAGAACUACGGAGGUUAAGGGCAGAGGCUCUUGGAGCAUCUCGGGACUCCAAGGAUGAAGGAAACGAUGACUUUUCAUCUCCCAUACAAGAUGGCGAUAUGACCAUGACUCAGAGGCGGCGGUUUACCAGGGUAGAGAUGGCGAGGGUGCUGAUGGAGAGGAACCAGUACAAGGAGAGGCUGAUGGAGUUGCAGGAGGCUGUGCGGUGGACAGAGAUGAUAAGGGCUUCCCGUGAGAGUCCUGCAAUCCAAGAGAAAAAGAAGUCUACCAUCUGGCAGUUCUUUGCACGUCUCUUCAGCUCAUCGUCCAGUCCGCCGCCUGUCAAGCGUCCGUACUACAGCGUCAACAUUCACUACAAGUCGCCCUCACCGGCGGGCUUCCCUCAACGGCGCAGCCACACCAUGUGUCAGAUCUCCACCUCCAACCGCACCUUGGAGUUCUUCCCAGAAGAACUGGCCAGUAACGGUGUUGCGUCUCUCCUCAGUGACUCGGCACUGUUGGCCCGCCGAGAGCAACGGCGGGAACAGUACCGGCAGGUGCGCGAGCACAUGCGCCGCGACGACGGCAUCAUGCAAGCCUGUGGCUGGAGCGUGCCGCCACGUUUCAAACAGACUGGUGGUCAGACGGACAGCGCUCAGGACAGCCAGUUGAAAAGACAACAGACCACCGGUGAGAAAGAAGACAACCGCAUGAAGAACGUUCCCGUCCCCGUCUACUGUCGGCCCUUGGUUGAGAAAGACCCCAAUAGAAAGCUCUGGUGUGCUGCCGGAGUGGACCUGGCAGGAUGGAAAGCCUGCAGCCAGGAGUCAGAAGCACUAAAAGCCAUCUCCAGUGGAAGCGACCCUCUGCAUGCAGAAGAGAAUGAAGGAGGCAAGAUGAGCAACCACAACUCUCCUGAGAAGAGGAAGUCCAAGGAGCUGCAGGAAGCAGACACCAUGAGCAGCCGUGUUUGGAUUCUCACCAGCACACACUCAGCCAGCAAGGUGGUGAUCAUCGACGCCAACCAGCCGGGCUCGCUCGUGGACCAGUUCAACGUUUGCAAUGCUCACGUGCUUUGCAUCUCCAGCGUGCCAGCUGCUAGUGAGAGCGACUAUCCGGCUGGUGAGAUUGUGUUGGAUCCAGGUGAUGGUGGUGCAGGGGGUGGCGAAGAUGCCGGCAGCGUGGAGGGUAUGUUGGCUGGUAUCACGCUAGUGGGUUGCGCCACUAACUGCAGUGUUGCCCGUAGCAACUGCUCCUCACGCACUGACACUCCCAUAAUGGACAAAGGACAAGCCCCCGUCGCUCCCCCCGCAAGCAGCAAGAUUCUCCCGACCCAGUCGGCCGAGGAGGCCACAGAGGCCACCGAAGUUCCAGAGUCAACGUCCAGUCAAACAGAACUCAGAUCGGCUCCUUCCGGGCCGUUCAUGGAGCACGUGUUCACCGACCCGCCGCCUCGUUCAGCGGAUGCCACUGACAGGGCCGCCGGGCAGUCCAAAGAGGAAACGUCAGUGCCGCCAGAAAUAGAAGAUGCUGGUGAAGAGGUGAAGAAUUACACCAGUAUGGCACCCACCAUGUGGCUCGGGGCUCAGAACGGCUGGCUUUAUGUCCACUCCGCAGUUGGCAACUGGAAAAAUUGUCUCCACUCCAUCAAACUCAAAGACUCUGUGCUCAGCCUGGUGCACGUGAAGGGUCGCGUGCUGGUGGCUCUGGCUGACGGGACCCUCGCCAUAUUCCACAGAUCAGAGGACGGCCAAUGGGAUUUGUCCAACUACCACCUCAUGGACCUGGGCCGACCUCAUCAUUCCAUCCGCUGCAUGGCCGUCGUGCACGACAAAGUGUGGUGCGGCUACAAGAACAAGAUCCACGUCAUUCAGCCCAAAAGCAUGCAGAUCGAGAAGUCCUUCGACGCCCACCCUCGGAGGGAGAGCCAGGUGCGCCAGCUUGCUUGGAUCGGCGACGGCGUGUGGGUGUCCAUCCGGCUGGAUUCCACGUUGCGCCUCUACCACGCCCAUACGCACCAACAUCUUCAAGAUGUGGACAUCGAGCCCUACGUCAGCAAGAUGCUCGGCACCGGCAAGCUGGGCUUCUCAUUCGUACGCAUCACGGCUCUCCUGAUUGGUGGAAAUCGCCUGUGGGUGGGGACUGGAAAUGGCGUGAUCAUCUCCAUCCCACUAACAGAGACCGUGGUCCUUCACCGGGGACAACUCCUGGGUUUGAGGGCUAAUAAAGUAUCUCCGACAUCUUCCGGGGGCGUGAUCCACGUGUACGGUGACGACGGCUCGGAGAAAAGCAACGGAAGCUUCAUCCCUUACUGCUCCAUGGCGCAGGCGCAGCUCUGUUUCCACGGACACCGUGAUGCUGUUAAGUUCUUCGUCACAGUCCCCGGCAAUGUUCUAGCCACACUGAACGGCAGUGUGCUAGAUAGCCCGACAGAAGGUCCAGGCUCCACGGCCCCCCCGGAGACGGAGGCCCAAAGUGUUCAAAAUGUUUUGGUACUCAGUGGUGGAGAGGGUUACAUUGACUUCCGCAUAGGGGAUGGCGAGGAUGAUGAGACAGAGGAAGGUGAAAGCGACGACACCACACAGGUCAAACCCGCUUUGUGCAAAGCAGAGCGGAGCCACAUCAUCGUGUGGCAAGUGUCUUACAUACCCGAGUGACUUCUCCCCUCACUAUCUCCUUCCAAACUCUGUAAUAUAAAUCCCUGGUCACGUAUAAGUUCUCCCUUCUAAAUCCAUUACUGUACAAGCUGUGCAUCGUCCCUUGUGCCCCAUCAACUACUAACCUUUAAUGCCUUGUACGUUCCUAAUCUACCUGCCCUGCUUUUACCGUCCCCAUCAGGGCAUUCCAAAUAUCAUUGUGGGCCUUGUAACUCAGCUUCAUAAAUAUCCCGUUUUCUCUGUCGUGUAUUCACCCUUCAAGCACUCUCUAGUCCUGCAUCAGCCCCAUGGUUCCUUCUCUUCCUUUAGUUCGCCACCCAGUGAACCCAGAAUUCUCCAGCUCAAAGCCCCCCCCCCUCCCCAAAAUCUAUUGUAUGUACCAAAAAUAUUUUAAAAGAUGCUAUGACUGACAAUUACAUUUCAAGUAGACAAUAGUAAUCUUUCAUCCAAUACCCUUGUGGGAAUAUUAACAAUUGAAUACUACUUGAUUAAUAAUGGAUGGAUUAGAUGGUGAAGGCAUGUUCACCUCAAACCUAAAGAGAUAUUGGUCAAUAGAAACAGUUGAGAGGACCUGCAGCUCCCUGAUGUAAAUUAAAGAUCUGAUGUCAAUGCGGUGCUUCAGGUGA